GCGCUACGCGGAGCAGGCUGCACUUCUCCUACUCUGCCUGACGUUCAGGGGAGAGAGAGCGAGCGAGGGAGCGAGACAGGAGACAUUCAUUGACAUAAAAGUGAAGGCGCUCUCUCGGGCGAGAUCGGGCAGGGAAACGAGGUCUAGAGUUCUUCCUUCUCUCCCUUCCGACUUCCUUACGCGUCAGGAUCUGCGAUUCAUUCUUCUGCUCGCCCAUUAUUUAUUCCCCUUCCCCUGAUCUACUGAGAAAUUUCUCCGCUAAAGAACUUGGAUUUUCCCCUCUUUGGUGGGGGGGCGGGGAAAGGGAAGGAUUUCCCCCCGUUUUUAAAGCCAAGAAGAAGGGGCCCGAAUCGAACCGGGCUGAAUGAAGAGUUCUUCCUAAAGCUGCUGUUAACAAACCAAACCAUCCAACUUCAGCUGGAAGACAGCGGGUCAUAGCAGCUCUAAGAUCCGAGACCUUGGAAAGGAAAAAAAAUGCACUGAAAGUUUUGGCAAACUUUUCUUCUUCGUCUCGGUUUUUGUUUGUUUUUUGUUUUUUUCGGUGCUUGUGUGGUGGUGAGCGAGCGCGCUCGCGUGUGGUGCCUUGCCACAGAGGGCUGGAGUGUGCGUGGAGAGGGGAGGAAAAUCUGUUACAAUUCGCUGUGCUGCUGGAAUUGUUCUGGAGAAGCGCCGAAUAGGAACCGAACUGAGCCGAGGACCUCGAGCGCGCGGCAAACAGAGGGGAAACUGCGUCUCUGGGUCUUGGAAGCCGAGCUUAUGGACGGGUGAAACCAGAGUCUGAAUUCUUCCCCCUCCCCCUUCAACCCCUCAGCUUGAUCAGAGCGGCCGCCGAGGAAAGAAGAGGGCUAGAGAACCCGACCGAGCCAAUCCACCCUCGCUCCUGGAAUCAUGAACUUUCUGCUCACUUGGAUCCAUUGGGGGUUGGCGGCGCUGCUUUAUUUCCACAACGCCAAGGUAUUGCAGGCUGCUCCUGCCCAGGCGGAUGGAGACAGGCAACAAGGUGAAGUUAUCUCAUUUAUGAAGGUCUUUGAGCGCAGUGCCUGCAGGUCAAUUGAGACCAUGGUGGAUAUUUUCCAGGAGUACCCUGAUGAGGUGGAAUACAUCUUCAAACCAUCCUGUGUGCCCCUGAUGAGAUGUGCAGGAUGCUGUAAUGAUGAAGCGCUAGAAUGUGUGCCCACAGAGGUGUACAAUGUCACCAUGGAGAUCAUGAGACUCAAACCCUUUCAGAGCCAGCACAUAAAUGCGAUGAGCUUCCAGCAGCACAGUAAAUGUGAAUGCAGACAAAAGAAAGAAGUCAGAAUUAGACAAGAAAAAAAAUCAAAGCGAGGAAAGGGGAAGGGUCAAAAAAGAAAGCGCAAGAGAGGCCGGUAUAAACCACAGAAUUUUCACUGUGAACCUUGCUCAGAAAGGAGAAAGCACUUGUACAAACAAGAUCCCCUGACCUGUAAAUGUUCCUGCAAAUUCACAGACUCACGUUGCAAGUCGAAGCAGCUUGAGUUAAACGAGCGCACUUGCAGAUGUGAAAAACCGAGACGGUGAGCAGCAGAGAAGAAAGAGAGUGCGGGAGCAGCCUUGGUUCUGGAGCCUGACAUCUCGCCUGGUCAGAAACAGAAAACAAACACUAAUCCAAAUGAACACUAAAAUGAAGGAUCAGCAGCGCACAGCACUUUUGAGUACGGACGAUGGACUCUGGAAGGAACAUUCCUUGAGGACCCGCGCAGGAUUCACCUUUUGGUUUCGAACUGGUUUUACAGAAGAACUUUCCUUCUCAUGCUGCUAAGAUAUAGAGCCAGGGAGAGUGGAGUGGUAUAUGUUUUGGGACUCCCAUUUCACAUGAAGUAUAUGUAUAUGUAUAUGAAUAUGUAUGUGUAUAUGUAUAUAUACUGAAUUUUUAAAACAUUGCUAACAUUAUUGGUGUCUUCACUGGAUAUACUCAACUGCUGUGGACACAAGUGGGCUAUUUGGGACGUAAGAAAGAAACUACGACUGGACUCCAGUCAAAACUGCUCAGUAUAAUCUUCAAACUCUUCCUGACCCUCUAAAGCCUGCUGGUCCAUCGAUCUCGCUUCCUCUCCCCACUCUCCUUCCCCAGUCCCGUGUGGCGAAACAUUUGUCCGAGAGAAGAGAUAGCAGGGGAUUCCCAAAAUGGCACCUUGGAAUACUGUGGGUCAAAAGGUCAAGGAAAUAACUCUUAAAUGCUGGAACUGGUGAUUCAAUCAACUUCCCUUCCCCUUCCUCCUCGAAAAUCUGUUCCCGAAUCUGGCUCACAAUCUGCUGGCUUCACUGGGUCAUUGGUGUAUGUUUUUGUAUUGACUUGCUGCAGGAACGUUUUGCCGCAGAUAACGUGUUCUGGCCUUAAUGAUGGGAAAUGGCUGAUGUUUGGACUUGUCAGCUCAAGGAGGUGUCCCUGGAAUCCUGCCAUCCCUGUUGGCUACUUAAAUAAUGGAUGUCAUAUUGGCAGAUGGAGACGGAGGAAAGAAGGAGGACUAACAGAGAGCCGGGCAGUUGAACAGCGCUGUCUACCAUCAUUAUGCACAGAGCUGCCACUGAAGAUACUUCUGGAACAUCUCUGGAAAGGGAUAUUAAUCUAAAGUAUAUAUGCACAAUAGGCAGUAUGUGUGAGUGUGUGUGAGUGAGGGGGUAUAUACAUACAACUGUACAGGUCUUUUUGUUUUUUUCUUUUUUGUGCCUAAUAAGUUCAAAAUUGGCUUGUAACAUUUUGGGCCCUCUAGGGAAAAGCUGGUGAGAGCUUACUUUUUAGCAUUGUAAAUUUGUUAUUAUUCUCAGUCUUGUUCCAUGAAUAUGUUAAGACAUGGUGUUCUUUGCUGGAAUUGUGAUGUAGGACUUAUUACAACAACAAAAACUAGCAUAGAUUUUCCCCAUUAUCAAUAAUAGUUGAAUAACUUGGCCCAUCCAUCCAGAUAUGACUCGCUCCAGAGUUACUCUGCUCCCACUGUUGGCAGAGGAACUUCUGAAUUAAGGAGGGACUUUGUGUAGGAUUCAAAAGAGACCUUCAUAACUUAAGAAGAUUUUCCAGUUAAGUUACAGAGAACACGGGAUGGAAGGAGCAACAUAAUUUUGGGGCAGUUCUAAAUGUGUUAUCCAGUUAUUCACUGCAUGAGCCAAAAUAGUAUUAAAUAAUGCUGCUGUGAAGCAGAUUUAAGAGGGAAGACAGAAUUAAACCACCAUGCUUCCCUCUGUCCUUAAAGCCAUACCCAUUUCCCAAAUUAGGCAAUUCACCUUUACUUUGACCUUUACUUUUGGAGUGUCCACUGUAGACAUUACAAAGUAUGGUUGUUUCUUCCCUUUUCCCCAAUGACCUAUGCAGACUAGAAAUCUAGGCUUUAGGUUAGACUCCCCCAAUCCAAGGUCUUCCAUAGCAGUUAGCCCAUAGAGCCAAUAUUCCCAGUCUGCAAGGCAAAUCAGCCUGAGGAAAGUGGGAGUUGCAGUUGAAUAGUUCUGGAAGGUAGCAGAUUGGGGAAGGCCACCUCGGGCUUUUUCUGUUAAUUUCUCAAAUGUUGAUUACUGUGUUGUUCUGGUGACGGUUUUGAAACCUAGCUGAAUUAAGUGCUUCUAGGCAAAAGGUUUAAGUUCAGGUACACACUGAGUCUGUUCUAAGCCCCAGAGUUAUUAGCAUUUUAGCACGCUUCAGAUUUUGGUUCAUCACCAAAAUCCAAGUCAGGGUAAAACUGAUGGGGUAGAGAUGAUUGUUUUUCUUUUUUGCAUAUAGGUCCAAAAACAUGGGUUUUUCAUAACUGCUCUUAACCAAGCCAAUAUAUACGUAACCCUCAGGACAGUAGACAAAGCUCUGACACCAGACAAUUGGCAAGAUUCCAUUUAACUCUGGUUUGAAGAUGUCAUUAGAACAGUGUUUCUCAACUUGGCAACUUUAAGAUAUGUGGACUUCAACUCCCAGAAUUCCCCAGGCAUGCUGGCUGGGGGAUUCUGGAAGUUGAAGUCUACACUUCUUAAAGUUGUCAAGGUUGAGAAACACUGCCUUAGGAUAUGGGACUUGGACCAGCCAAUCUGAUUUGUUGAGAUUUGGUUUAAGUAAUCAAUAAUUGUUUUUGGGGAAUCAGGCUAUAAUUCUCAGUGCCUUGCAUAUAAACGCUUGAAUCACCAAAGCAUCUCCCAAGUCGCCAGGCAUUUAAUAAACAUUUGGACAGGAGGUGAUAGGACAGACUUUUAAAGGCAGCAGUAUACUCUAUAAAUGUCUGAAGCAGUUUGUCCAAAGAUUACAUGGCCUCAUCUUGCUACACUGGAAAAUGCAAAAUGUUACUGGUAGUAAUCACUUGACAACCUCUGGGUACAGUUCUCUGUUAAACUUUCUGCAGUUCCAGAUCAAAUACAUUAGAAGAAUUGAGGCUGCUGGACACGACUGAAUUUGCAAGGACAGGAUUCCCAUUUUUCUUACUGCAUGCAGCUUUGUUAGGCUAUAACCAGAUAGCAUGCCAUCCAGCCAUUUUAAGUCCAAAUCAGCAUUGUUGCCAUGGGAGGGCUAUUCCUGUGUGGUGUAUACGUGAUACUUCUGUGGGUAUCUGGUUGCUCUGCAGUUAGUGAAUCAGCUUUGAAAAGGAUGGCUGUCUGUAUAUGUUUGGGGGGUGGGGGGUGGGGCGGAAUCAAAGCAUCUCCUCUCCCUUUCCCUUCCAUGAAGUAGUGGGAGAUCCUUGAGCCUGUCCCUGUCUUUCCCUAAGACAUGUAAUGUUGUUUGGAGCUGGCCAUCUGUUUGGCAUUGUCAGCACAUUUAUCAAUCCAUUGUUGGAAACUGACUGCAUAGCUGGGUCUGCAGAGCACAGAAAUGUAGAGCACUGUUCUGUGUACCUGGAAAGUUGCGUCUCAUUGCCUUCAUUGGACUGGAGUGUGCGCCUGCUUCUUGGUCAUAUUUUUUUUUUCUUUUGUACUAUACUUGGUCCACAUCAGAAUCCUGCCAAAUGCUUGUCUGUUUACAGAAAAGCAAGAAAAACUGGCCUUAAAUCAACUUUUGACGAGUGUUGAUUAACCACUAUAAAUUCCCCCUCUAGCUGAUAGAAAUAUGAUGUGCAUUCAGUAUGUGUGUGUGUGUGUCUGUGUGUGCGUGUGCAUGCGUGUGCACACACGCAUAACUGAAAUGUAUAUAUUCAUGCUGUGUGAGGUGACGUUCUAUAUACUUGUUUAAUAUCCCUUUAAAAUUAGAAAUUAAAAAGUAAUAAUAAUUUAAACUAGGUAUUUUUCAGUAUUCUUUGUUUAAUAUUUAAUUAUACUAUUUAUAAGCCUUACCUCUUUUUUUUGUACUGUUAUGUAUAAAUUUUUAACUCUUCUGUUUCAACCAAUCUUCCCCAAUUGUUGAUAAAGUGAAUAGCAUGAUCAGUUAUUUAAUUAAU